ACUACAAUGAACGCAGAUCAUCACGAAUAUAACACAAAAAGGGAUGACUCUUGUACGCACAUGAUGCUUUUUCAUGCUGGGCAUUGUGAGACGAUCCUUUGGAAGAAUUGGUCCCCUAAAUCUAUCGCCGAAUUUACACUAUCAGCUCUUGCUGUCUUUCUUUUGUCAUUUUUAUAUGAAGCUUUAAAAUUUCUACGGCAGUUUCUUCUUCGACGUGAACUUAAACGAAUUGGGAAAAAUAAAGAGCAAGUAGACCCAGUAUGCCAUACAUUCCCGGGACUGAAAAGUAAACAAUUACUUAAGAAAAUACUAGCAAAACCUCAUCUCAUACAAACUCUAUUGUUCUUAAUUCAAGUUACAUUGUCAAUGCUGAUCAUGCUAAUAUUUAUGACUUUUAAUUAUUGGCUGUGCUUAGCCAUUAUUUUGGGCCUUACAAUUGGUUACUUUCUCUUCGGUUGGAUUAGAGAUGAUGCCUACGACAGCGAUUGUUGUCAAUAAAAAAUGUACCAGAUUUAUUUAUCUAUUACAUACAAUAUACUCGAAUUAAGAUUCUUAGUUGCAGAUUAAGAAACAAUAAAUAAAAU